AGGUAAUUAAUCUCCACGCUUCUCUCUCUGCAAUUACUCCUUGAGAGUAUCUCUCUCUAGAAUAUUGAGUAUUGCUGACUUGAGCGUCGGAGUGUUUUCCCCGAGGAAACAUCCUCGAGAUUUUCAGGUGUAGAAGCAGCUGAGGACUUCAACAGUGUUGGACUACGAAACUGCCCAAACAUUUGGCGCCGUCUGUGGGAACUGGACAAGAACUUGUGUAGCUUAACCUGCUAAAAGAUAAAAUGAUUCGUACUUUUACAAGAAGUCGCCCCCCUAGAAACGAAAUGGACGAACAGGAGGAUACUCAACUGUCUGAGCCUGAUGAUGAUGAAAGAACACCAACUGGGUAUGCAACCCAGCCUGAACAAUUUCAAAUUCCAAUCGGAACAAGGCAUAGACAUCCCAGACAAGGUGAUGCGCAGCGUGAGCGACCUGAAAGGUCAGCAGAGCCCGCUCGGACUACCGAGCUUGAAGAGAGAACCAGAGUUCUCGAAAUGGCAAUGGGUAAAAUCCUUGCCCGCCUGAUUCCUGAUGACCCCCUGAUUCCUUUGCUGAAUAGGGAUGCACAGCCGACUACGGUGGUUGCAACCCGUAACUCCCCGGCCUUGAGUAAUGUGGUCGUCCCAACUAGACCGAGAGGGAGUGGGAGGUUAAACCCAGAACCCAGCUCGUCCAAACAUAAUGAAGAACUACUAAAGAAAAAUGCCGACCUAGAAAGACAGCUCAAAGAUGUACAGAAAUCUAUUGACGAGCUGAAAAGUCCCAGGUCACACCAACAGACCCUUGAUUUGGAUAGUGCUCCUCUAAACCUAUCCAUCAUAGCAGAACCAUAUCAAGAGGAAUUCAAAAUUCCCCACCUAGAGACAUAUGAUGGCUCGGGUGACCCAGAUGAGCAUCUGCACACCUAUCAAGCCAUCAUGAGAAUCCAAAAUGCCAAUGAUGCCAUGAUGUGCAAAGUGUUCCCAACGAAACUGAAGUCAACAGCCAGAAGAUGGUAUCACAAACUCCCCAGACAUUCUAUAGACUCAUACUCCCAGCUCGCCAAGCUAUUUUCCAACAAAUUCGCGAGCCAAAGGGAAAUCAAAUGCACUGUGACCGAGCUGAUGCAAGUUCAUCAGAAAGAAGGGGAAUCUCUAAGGGAUUACAUGCAGCGAUUCAACAAAGCCACUCUAGACAUUGACAACGUUCCCGAUACCAUCUGCUUGUCUGCCCUGCUGCAUGGUUUGAAGCGUGGUCGGUUCCUAGACGACCUGCUAGAAAACCCACCGAAGACGUGGAACAAAGUGAAUCACAGGUCGGCUAGCUUCAUACUGUCUGAAGACUUCCAAUCGUCCAAGCGACGAGCUGACGAUAAGCAGAACAAAGGCCAGGAACAACCACCGAGGAGAGAAGAAAAGAAAAAGCAAAAGGUCAACGAGCAGUGGGAGAAGCCCGCUGACUUCCCAAAGUAUGCCAAUUACAUUCCUUUGACCUUGCCAAGGUCUCAAAUCCUGGCCCAAAUUCAACACUGGAUAAGAAGACCCCUACCCCCAUUGCACGAUUCCCCGAGAGCAGACAAGAGCAAGCAUUGUGACUACCAUCGUGUAUACGGUCACAAUACAGAAGAUUGCCAACACUUAAAGGACGAGCUGGAGUUCUUAGCUCGCAAUGGGAAAUUAGAGGGAUAUGUCCAGAAGCCUCAUACCCAGCAACCAGUUCAAACUCACUUUGUGCAGGGGUACGAUCGACCUCAGGGGCAAAGGUAUCAGCUCGGCAACACACAAGACAUUUAUCAUGAUAAUCAAUAUCCUUCUAAGCAAGGCAGAGCGAACAGGGGCCGCCAGUUCAAUAGGCGAGGCCAAGGGCAGAGGACUGCCACCCAAAACCAGAAAGACAGGAAAGGGGUAGGCUAUGCGGGGAUACCCCCGCCCUCUGGUACAAUAAAUAUGAUAUCAGGUGGUAUUCACUCCGGAGGCCAAAGCGCCCGAGGUCGCAAAGCAUAUGCACGCCAGGUGAUGACCGUUAAUAAAAACAGGCCUUUGAAACGCCCAUUUGAAGAAGCAGAAUGGGAAAAUGCAUCCAUCAUAUUCAGCCCGACAGAUUAUAAGCGAGCAGACAGAGAGCCUGACGUUAUGAUGCCACAUGCAGAUCCUUUCGUGGCAACGGUUCAUAUAGGCAACCAUAACGUCAACAAGGUCUUCAUCGACACUGGCAGUUCACCGGACAUCUUGUACUGGAGUUGCUUUCAGAAAAUGCAACUGAAUCCGAGCUCGCUGCAGAAGCACGAAGGGCCUAUAUAUGGGUUUGACAAUCAGCCCGUCCGGUUGAAGGAGAUGGAGUCAGCUUUCAACGCUAUACUGGGAAGAGCCACUCUUUGCGAGCUGAAGGCUGUCAUCUCGCAACCCCAUCUCUGCAUGAAAUUUCCAACUCCUCAGGGGGUGGGAGUGCUUAAAGAGAAUCAGAAGAUGGCCAGAGCAUGCUACCAAGAUACUUUCAAAAAGGUUGAGCUCGCUGCUGCCCCUGUAAGUUCUGAAAAUCACAGGCCAGCCCAACUCGGUCAGCAGACAAUGAGCAUAUCAGAUAUCAAACAUCGACCUGAGGGUGUCGAGCAGAAGGCUGAGCCGGUAGAACCGGUGGAAACGGUCCCUUUAAACCCCGAUGUGCCAGAGAGGACGGCAGGCUUCAUCAGGAGAGUGGAGUACUCUGAGUGGGUAUCUAAUCCCGUGCUCGUCAAAAAGCCAAAUGGCAAGUGGAGGAUGUGUAUUGACUUCACCAACCUCAAUGAGGCGUGUCCAAAAGACCCUCAUCCCUUGCCAAAUGUUGAGAAGCUAGUAGAGCGGGGAACCGGACAUGAACGGAUGAGUUUCCUUGACACCAUCUCAGGUUACCAUCAGAAGCUGGUGCAAAUCAUCUUUAAGCUCCAGAUCUGCAAAAACAUAGAAGUGUAUGUGGAUGACAUGACAGUCACCAGCGUGCGAGCUGAGGAUCAUAUAGACAACCUGAGUGAGACCUUUCAAAAUUUGCGCCAAGCCCAAAUGAAGCUGAAUCCCCUGAAAUGCACAUUUGCUGUAGAGUCAGGAAAAUUCCUGAGGUACGUGGUAUCCAAGAAAGGAAUUGAAGUAAAUCCAGAGAAGGUUCAAGCCGUUCAGCAGAUGGAGCCGCCCAAGACUGUCAAAGAUGUGCAGCGUUUAACGGUUCGUGUUGCUGCGCUGCAUAGGUUCAUAGCCAGGUCGGCAGAAAGAUGCCUCCCGUUUUUUAAGGCCUUGCGAGAGCCUAAGAAUUUUCAAUGGACUGAUAAGUGUCAGCGGGCAUUUGACAAGCUCAAACAAUAUCUGGCAUCAGCACCCCUACUGUCCAAGCCUGUCGAAAGGGAGAGUUUAUAUCUGUACCUAAGGGUUAUAGAAGAGGCGGUGAGUUCGGUCCUACUCAGGGAAGAGAAUAAGAAUCAGAAGCCCAUCUACUAUGUGAGCAAGGUUUUACAAGGCGCAGAGCAGAACUACCCACUAGCAGAAAAGGCUGUUUUUGCCCUGGUAUACACGGCUCGAAAAUUGAGAGCUUACUUUCAGUCAAAUCAGAUUAUUGUUUAUAUUAAUCUGCCGUUGAGAAAGAUACUGCAAAAGCCAGAGCUCUCUGGUCGGCUUAUAGGGUGGAGUGUCGAGCUGAGCGAGUAUGACCUCAAAUUUCAGCCACGCACAACCAUAAAGGGCCAGGCAGUGGCAGACUUCCUGGUGGAGUGUAUCUUGGCAACUGUGGAAGAAAAGGCACCCGAACACCCAGUCUGGGUCUUGUAUGUUGAUGGAGCUGCUAACAUUGAUGGAUCAGGUGCUGGGGCUGUGCUGCUGAAGGUACAAAGCAUUCAUGUUUUUAGUGACUCUCAGCUUGUGGUGAGCCAAAUGAAUGGCAGCUGUGAAAUCAGGAAUCCUCAACUGGGCCGUUAUGCUUCUGUGGACCUUAACCCUCAGAGGUCAACGAUUGUUGAAGUGCUUGACGCCCCGAGCUACACUAACUUCACAGUCGAGUGUCAGCUGUUAAGUACAGAUCCCUCUUCACCAAGCUGGACUACCCCGCUCAUUAAUUAUUUGCAAAGUGGCGAGCUGCCUGAGGAUUCAUCCGUUGCAAAGUUGGUUAGACGCAGGGCGGCACAUUUCACUUUGGUAGAUAAUCAACUCUACAAACGAGCAGCCUCAAUGCCCCUAUUACGUUGCCUUACUCCUUAUGAAGUUGAAUACGCCGUGAGGGAAGUCCAUGAAGGAGUAUGUGGCACACACAUAGGUGGCAAGACUUUAGCUCGGAAACUUUUGAGGCAUGGGUAUUACUGGCCUACUAUGGUUGAGGACGCACAAAUCUAUGUCAAAAAGUGCCCGACCUGCCAGUUCAAUGCUGAUGAUAUUCACAUGCCAGGAGAAAUGCUCUCAUCACUCUCAUCUCCCUGGCCUUUUGCUCAAUGGGGAGUCGACCUGCUCGGCCCUUUUAUGAAAGGCAAAGGAGGUUGCACUUACCUCGUUGUCGUGGUGGACUACUUCACCAAGUGGAUAGAAGCUAAACCGUUGUCCAUGACAACAGAAAAGAAAAUAGAAGAAUUCUUGUUCAAUUCAAUAUUGUGCAGGUUCGGUAUUCCUAAGCGGAUCAUCACGGACAACGGUCAACAGUUACGAGCCACGGCACUGAGGUCGUUUUGCCUCAAGACGCGUGUUUUAGCUACGCAUUCUAAUUGGGUUGACGAGCUCAAUAAAGUGCUUUGGUCAUGCCGCACUACGCCCAACUCGACAACAAGCAAAACCCCGUUUAGCCUGGCGUAUGGAGCUGAGGCUGUCAUCCCUGUUGAGGUCGGAUUGCCAUCUGAUAGAUCAGGUCAUCUGACAGAUCAGGUCGCCAUGACAAUCUUAAUAAUGAGCAACUUUUAAGAGAGAACCUAGACUUGGUGGAGGAAGUCAGGGGGAUGUCGCGAAUAAGAAACAUGGCGUAUCAGAAUCAUGUUGCAAAAUUUUAUAAUAAAAGAGUUCGAGCUCG